GGCUGAAUCUAGUAUCAAUAAAACCAGCUGUGUCAAAGGCCGACAACAUUUUCUAACAGAAGAUCUGAUGUCAGGAAGACUAAACCGCACUGAGUGACCCCGUCCUCAAACACGCUCACACAACAGCAGGAAAAUAGAGAAGCCUCCUGGCAAAGCAAACAAGGUUACAAAAGAUAUAUCUUUAAGAAAUAAAGGAAAUUUGCAAGCUUUGUGAGGGCAGCCACAGCUCACCUGCAAGAAAAGAGACAAAAGCACAUCAACCAAUCCUGACUGGACCGUGAUUUGACCCUGCAGUGACACGUGCACGCUGGGGAGCAGCAUCACCACAGGUUCUUCAGGUCAGCACUGUUUCAUGCAUGAGCAGUUUAGAGAGGAGGGGGAGGAGAAGUGCGGUGUCGACGUCAUGACGUCAGAGCGGCAGCGUGCAGGGACCCUGCAUCCUCUCCUUGCCCGUCCCCUCGCCUCCCCCCUGUCUCCCCCCCUGAAGUCCGGAGAGACACACGUUAUCAGGGAGGCAGCCGAAGGGCCAGUCAUCUCCUCACAUCUUUUCUGCAUCGACCACAAUCCCCUCUAUCCUUCCUGUAUGGUGGAUAUUAUUUUCAGCUCUUCUUUCUUGGGUGAUAUGGGGGAUCAUUCCAAAAAGAAGCCAGGAUUCGCGAUGUGUGUAGGAUGUGGAAGUCAGAUCCAUGACCAGUACAUACUGAGAGUCUCUCCCGACCUGGAGUGGCACGCAGCCUGCCUGAAGUGCGCAGAGUGCAGCCAGUACCUGGAUGAGACCUGCACUUGUUUCGUCCGGGACGGCAAAACCUAUUGCAAAAGAGAUUAUGUAAGGCUGUUUGGAAUAAAAUGCGCAAAAUGCAACCUGGGCUUCAGCAGCAGCGACCUGGUGAUGAGAGCCCGGGAUAACGUGUACCACAUCGAGUGCUUUCGGUGCUCGGUGUGCAGCAGGCAGCUGCUGCCGGGAGACGAGUUCUCUCUGCGGGAAGACGAGCUGCUGUGCCGGGCGGACCACAGCCUGCUGCUGGAGAGGAGCUCCGCAGGAAGCCCCAUCAGCCCCGGACACAUCCACUCCAACAGACCGCUGCACCUGACAGACCAGGUGGCGGUGCGGCAGGCCCCGCAUCGGAACCACGUCCACAAGCAGUCGGAGAAGACGACGCGGGUCCGGACGGUGCUGAACGAGAAGCAGCUCCAUACGUUGCGGACCUGCUACAACGCCAACCCGAGGCCGGACGCGCUGAUGAAGGAGCAGCUGGUGGAGAUGACCGGCCUGAGCCCCAGGGUGAUCCGGGUCUGGUUCCAGAACAAGCGCUGCAAAGACAAGAAGAAGUCGAUCCUCAUGAAGCAGCUCCAGCAGCAGCAGCACAGUGAUAAGACUGUAAGCAUCUUCAACCUGCAGGGCCUCACCGGGACGCCUCUGGUGGCCGGGAGUCCCAUCCGGCAUGAGAGCACCGUGCAGGGGAACCCGGUGGAGGUUCAGACCUACCAGCCUCCGUGGAAAGCCCUGAGCGAGUUCGCCCUGCAGAGCGACCUGGACCAGCCGGCCUUCCAACAACUGGUGUCUUUCUCGGAGUCGGGCUCUCUUGGGAACUCCUCGGGCAGCGACGUGACUUCUUUGUCCUCCCAGUUACCGGACACCCCCAACAGUAUGGUACCCAGCCCGGUGGAGACGUGAAACGGGGCCCCCCUCCUCAGACCCAUCGGUUCCUCCCCCCCAUGACACCCACUGACCCACCGACCCAACGACCCUCCGAACCACCUCCUGCAAGGACAAUUGCAGCAUGAUCCCAGUCUCCCCCAUCUAUCCCUCCCUCCCUCCUCCUCCUCCUCCUCCCCUACUUGCAUGUGACCAGCUCAUCACAUCGCCCCAACUACAAAGAGGAGAGUGUUUUUUUUGUUUUGUUUUGUUUUUGUUUUUUUUUUAUUUCAUUUUUUUUUUUAUUAUUUUUUUUUUAUUUCCUGACAUGUAGGACGAGGAACGACGAAAGCACCAAUUUUUUUUUUCUGCCUUUGUGGAGCUUUCAUUGACAAGAAAAAAAAAGAACAAAAAACUGAGCAGAACAAUUGUUGCAUGACUUGACCCGGAGAGAGAAGAUGUACAGAAGAACCUCCCAAUGGAUAUACUACUACAACCGAACCUCUCCCCCCCUCUCAGAACAAAAAUAUUGGAGGGGAAAAAAAAAACAAAAAAACAUUUCCACGUUUCCGGUACUGACGGGGGAACAUCUCUGCGAUUUCAUUGUGAUCAUACUGUGUCUUGUUUUCUUCAACAUGAGAACAUGUUUUUGAUACAUUUAUUGCGUUUGUUGAGUCCGGUCGGACUCUUUGUCUUAAAAAGGUCAGAGCAUGAUAAUCUGCAAACUAUUCGUGUUGUAAAAAAGAAAAAAAAAAAAAAAGAAAAAACAAAACAAAAAAAACAAAACUUUAUCUUAAGGGCAGGAAACAGGCUGUUUGAGCUCCUCGAACAAAAAAAGUAAAUUAUUGUUAUAUUAUUUAUUGGUAGGAAAGCGAUUCGUAAAGGGAUUAUUAACUGAUAAAAAAAAAAAUAAAAGCUGGAUACAUAA